AUGAGUGGCGGGUGGAACACAAUCGAGUCUGACGCGGGCGUCUUCACGUCUCUCGUCGAGGGCCUCGGCGUCAAGAACGUCCAGUUCGAGGAGCUGCUGACGCUCGAUGCGUCGGAGCUGGUCGCCCUCCAGCCCGUGUACGGCGUCAUCUUCCUCUUCAAGUACCCGACCGACGGGCCGUAUGCCGCGCCCGACGGACCGCUCGACGGGUCGUUUGACCACGCCGCGGCGGAGGGGGUCUUCUUCGCGGCCCAGACGAUCCAGAACGCGUGCGCCACGCAGGCCCUCUUGAGCGUGUUGAUGAACAAGACGGAGCAGGUGGACGUGGGGCCGCACAUGCGUGGCUUUCGCGAGUUCACGAUGGCGCUGCCGCCCGAGUUCCGGGGCGAGGCGCUGAGCAACUCGGACCUGAUUAGGGAGGUGCACAACGGCUUCGCGAGGAGCAGCCCGUUUGCGGACGAGACGCAGAGGGCGGGCGAGGCCGAGGACGCCUUCCACUUUGUCGCGUACACGGAUGUCGACGGCACGCUGUACGAGCUCGACGGGCUGCAGGCGGCGCCCAUCUCGCACGGGCCGUGUACGCCGGACUCGUUCCCGGCGAGCGUCGUCGAGGUCCUGCGCCGGAGGGUGGCCCGCUACGAGGACACGGAGAUCCGCUUCAACCUGCUCGCCAUGUGUCGGGACCUGAGGGUCCGCGCUCGCGAAUUUGGCGACGACGAGCUCCUGGCCAGGGAGGAGGCGAAGCGCCGAGACUGGCAGUUUGAGAAUGCUCUCAGGCGGCACAACUUUGUCGGCUUCGCGGGCGAGCUGCUCAAGGGCGUCGCGGACUCGAAGCUCAGGGAGGGCGGCGACGCCGCCGUGGACAAGUGGGUUGACGAGAGCCUGGAGCGACGAAAAGCAGCCGAGAGGUCUCUACGGAGAGGGGACGGAGAUGGGGAUGGAGAUGUGGAAUGA